GCCACAUCCACAUGACAGGUUUGAUAAGAUAAUGUAAAUAAAAUUAUACAAAAAAUAACUCAAUAUAUUUAUAAAUGUAGCGGUUAAAUACAUGACAAAAGUUACAAGUUUUAUUUCUUAAGCAUGUAACUGCUCGAUGUUUAAAUCUAAAAAAAAUAUUACUAGAAAUAUAAUUCCACGCGGACCAGGCAGCAGACGGGACUUGAACAUACCUAACACCAUAUUUUAAUACCUAAUAGGCUCUAUAAAGGAGAACAUAGUAAGUAUUUUAAAAUUUCUCGUCAUAACAAACGAAUUAAGUGAUAUGCAAACUAAACAAUUACCUCGGCAUAUUAUUACGCGGUAUUACAAAAAUAAUAUUUGUGAUUACUAACACAAAACGAACUUGGUUCAUCGCAAUGCCACUUUUUCAUAAUGCUUACGCUGCAAAAGGCACCGUCUUGCGUUUACGUCUCCCGCCCGCACCAACGUGCUGAACAGACACUUCUAAUUAUAUAAAAACUCAAUUCUCGCUGUUAGUUCGUACACUUCAGAGCUGGCACCAUGAAGGCUAUCUGCCUGUUAAUCUGCCUCGCGCUGGCCCGGGAUAUCUCCGGUAGCAUCUUCCAGUACCGCCGACCAGCGAAGAAUCCAGAAGUCAGGCGCUACUUCGACGAGUCCAGAGAAAGCGUCAAUGAGAAACAGUACCGAUCACGCAAGGAACAAUUAAACCAGCAGUGGUCUGAUGAAGAACAAAGAGUCUACCAGCAACCCCAGUACCAACAGCGCGAAGACUAUCCCCAGUCCCAGUAUAAGCAGCGCAAGGAAUACCAACAGCCCCAGUAUAAGCAGCGCAAGGAAUACCAACAGCCCCAGUAUAUAUACAGAGAAUAUUCAGAACCCCAGUUCCAGAAUAUAGAAUAUUCAAGAUUCCAAGACAAGGCCAAGAAUUCAAAACAUUCUCUGAAUCAGGCUAAUCUACCAUAUCCGAAACCCUCCAGAGGCUACCAACAGCAUGAGCUUGUUUUCAAAGACAAAGGUUUCAAUCAUGAGCAGAAGACGGUUCCAACGGUGACUCGUUAUGCUGACUCCGUCUCUGAGUCGAAGGAAAGCGUCUCCAACGAGAACAUCGUUAACUUGAUGCAAUUCCCUGGUGCCGAUCAGUUCGCACAGCCCAGAUUUGCCGACAUGGGCAUGGCUUCCCCCGUCUACAGGAGUAUGAACCAAGACGUUAUGUUCGGCGACGCCGUAGUCUGGAGGGGCAUCCAAUUAGCUGCAGACCCGAAAAAUCUUGUCUCCGAAAAAGACAUCAAGAACAUCUACAUUGAAGCACAGAAAACUUUGAAGCACAUCGAUCCCGAAACAAAAAACAAGCUCCACAAGACUCUCGAUACAGCAAUUCAGGCUAAUAUAGAAGAUACCCAUCUGAAUGCUACAGAGCUAUUAAAGAAGCACCAAUACCCUGUUGAGGAACACACCAUCAAGACUGAAGACGGCUACUUGCUCACUCUAUUCCGCAUUCCGCCGAAACAGGCUGCCGGUGAAGUCAAACAGAGACCAGUCGUAUUCCUGAUGCACGGCUUGCUCGGCAGCGCUGAUGACUGGCUCCUGAUGGGUCCCCAAAAAUCCCUGGCUUACAUUCUUUGGGACGCCGGCUUCGACGUUUGGCUCGGCAACGGCCGCGGCAACAGAUACUCGAAACAUGUCAGCCAUCACCGCGAGCAAGACGAGUUUUGGCAAUACAGCAACGAUGAAAUCGCACUGUUCGACUUGCCCGCAAUGAUCGACUAUGUCCUCCAGACGUCUAAGCAAGAGAAGAUGGUCUUCAUUGCCCACUCGCUCGGCACCACGGCUUUCUUCUCGCUCGCAGCCACCAAGCCAUCUUACAAUGAAAAGAUCGUGAUGAUGUACGCUCUCGCGCCAAUGGCAUACAUGGGCAAUGUUCGCAGCCCGAUGAUUCGCAUGAUCGCUCCCACCAGCCCGCUGUAUGAACGUCUCCAUAAGCAACUUGGCCACGGCGAGUUCAAGCCCAACAAGGAUUUGAUUCACACACUUGGAGGUGAAUCGUGCAUGAAUGAGAUCGAUUGCAAGCACCUCUGCUCCAACGUGUAUGCGGUGAUGACCAGCGUGAACGUAGACCACUUAAACACCAGCGUCAUACCGAUGAUCCUGAGUCACUUACCUGCCGGUGCGUCGACCAAGCAGAUGAUGCAUUACGGUCAAGCUGUGGCUUCCCACGAGUUCAGGAUGUACGACUACGGAGCUGAGGUCAACCAGAAAGUGUACAAUGACAUAGUGCCUCCGAAAUACGACAUGACUGCGGUCACUGCUCCGGUUGCCCUGUACUACAGCGAGUCCGACUGGCUGGCCCACCCCAAGGACGUGAAGAGGUUGGAGAAGGAGCUGCCCAAUGUUGUUGACGAAUACAAGAUUCCCCAGGAUUACUUCACACACAUGGACUUCCAGUUCUCAAACAAGGCUCUCGAAGUCUACGAAAAAUUGAUCGCCUCUAUCUUGCAAAACUACUCUUAUUAGGAUAACAAAAAUUACUUACUUAAAUAUUAUGUGUACAAAUAAUAAAUUAUACUGACCUAUGUAUAUUUAAGUGUAUCGCUAAUUAAUUUAUCAUAAGAUGUAUUAUUUUUAUUUUUUCAUUGAAUCAUAAAGCAAAUAAAACCGUCC